UUAGCGACGUGGCUUCUCCUGCGCUCGCAUGCCUUUCCUCAUGCGUAUCAAAACAUAGGCGGAACAGCAACCGGAGCUUCGGACCUGCGCCAAAAACACACCGGCCGAGUCUGAAUGUGUAUUUUAUUCCGCUCUCGCCUCCGCCACUGCAAACGGCCACGACACCGCGGGGUCAGUUAUUGAGCGGUUUGUGUGCGGUUUAAAGUGUCCAGUUGAAGUGUCUUCAGUGAGCGGAGGUAUGGCAGAAGGAGGCUUUGACCCCUGUGAGUGUAUUUGCUCUCAAGAACAUGCAAUGCAGAGACUCAUCAACUUGCUGAGGCAGUCCCAGUCCUACUGCACAGACACAGAGUGCCUUCAGGAAUUGCCAGGCCCUGGUUCUUCAACAGGGGGAGAUGUGACUCUGCCCAUGAUAAUUAUGGGCUGGAUGGUUCUGGCCAUCAUGCUAUUUCUGCUGCGCCCUGCCAGUUUAAGGGGGCCCCGAACCUCCAACAAACCCACCGGCCCACCAGCCAAUCAUGGCAGAGAACCCCCAGCACCUCCAGUGGACUAGUGACCAAACAGGGCUCCCGAGUUCUACCCACGGCCAAAAACUCUGACAUCUGACCUGAACUUUUGACCUGGCCUCCAUUUGACCGAUUACUUUUACCUGUUACUGUUUCUGUGCUGACGGUUAUCAUUUAAUAUUUUCUUCUUUCUUUUUUUUCCUCUCUCAGUUUUCUUAUCUGUUUUUACUUGGAUUGAGAGGUGUUGAGGUGGGAGAAGAAGAGAGAAGAGUACUGAAAGCAGUGUCUUUUCAUUUUUUUACACUUAGAUUUUGACUGGUGUCCUUUUUUAAACAAACUAAAAGCUUCAGACAUUUAUGACACUAACUUUCUCUGAAAAAUGUAGGGGAGUGUUUUUAUAUAAUAUUGUGGCUUUAGAGCAUUAAAGUAAACAAGCUAUAAAUGUUGGUUGAAAGACACUGUGAAUAAUCCUAGAAAAAGCAGAAAAAGUAUGAUUCAUUUUGAGGUAGCCUGUUACUAAUGUGUGUGUAUCUAGACUUGAGGGGCUUUUGUGUGUCGUUAGUGUGGUUAGAAAGGCUACUUAUCUGCGCAGGAUAGAGGGCAAAGUGCAUUCCAUAACAGCCAUGUCAUCCUGGAUGCUUCUGAUGUCAUUCAUGAGCUCAGAGCGUGGGCUUUGGCCCUUGUACCAUACAAUUCUGUAAGCACAAUUUGCUUUUCUCAGAAGGAUUUACAUGACUAGAGCUGAGCAAUAUAGUUACACCCAUCAUGAUGUGAAUGCCAGAGUGAAUCCUAGUAUGAGAACUGUGUAGGAAUGACUUGGAUCUUGGGCCUUUGCUGUUGUCAUGGUUUGUGGCUUUCAGAGUUGAGGGCAAUGAUGUUUUUAUAAUUGGACACAAGGCUGACUACAUACAAGUAAUCCUAAUUCAAAGCUACACACAAAAUGCAAAAAAUGACAUCUUGGCAAGUGAAACCAUCCUAAAUGUAGUCAAUUUAUCUAAUACUUUUACAAUUACAUUUAGGGCUGGGUACUGAAGUUGUAUACCUCUACAAUGUCAACCAAAUUAUUUGGAUAUAGCAAAAAAAUUGUCAUUCAGUUCCAAAUUUCAGUUUCUUACUAGUAAGCCAGUCAAGCAUACUUUUCUAAAAUUUAAACUGCUGAUUGGGUGUCCAGAUUACCUUCUGUAAGCACAUCAUUAAUGUUAUUGCUAAUUGAUUAGUCGGCAAUCCUUUACAGUAAGUAAAUAUACCCACUUUCAGUACCUCACAUUAAUUUCUGCUUUAAGCCACACCUACCCAAGAAAGUACUGAAAAAAGUACUGUCCAAGAAUUGGUAUUAAAAUCAAGGUAUUGGCAUUGAUAUUGACCCAAAUAGUUUUGAACAAUAUUUAGCAUUUUAACAUUUUGAAGUUGCUGUAUGAUUACUCUACAUAUUUAUAGACAUUGUAUGAUUGCUUUAAGUAAUUUUAUUUAGUGAAAUCGUCUUAUUCUGUUGGCAGAUAAUUUUUAUUGUUUAAAGCAAUAUAUCUUCAAACAAGCAAUAUUAUCUGCCAAUAAGAAAAUGACACUACAUAACAUUGCAUAAAAAAGUGACCAGCAUUUAGAAAUGGGGUGAAUAUUCUCAUUCUUUUACUCUUUCUUCUCAAACAGUUGAAUAUGGGAGCAUUCUUUAAAGCUUGUACAGAAAGCUUGCCUCACAACAGUUGCUGUGGGAAAAAAACCUUGUAUAUUCAUGGUUUCGCUGGUUUAUUGUUUAUUUUUGCAGGUUUUGAAAAUGCCCUUUUUUAUCAAAAUUUCUAGAUGAAUGGACCAAUAGAAAUGAUCGAUAAUUAUCAUUGUCAUUAAUAUCCAAAUUUACUAACAUUAAAAUUUAGGAAAGUUUUCCGUCUCCUGUAAAAUUACCUUUUGGAGAUAGGAAGUUUUAUUUCAACAGUGACAAUAUGCUUUCUACCCCUGUAUCAUAUUACUGGCGAGGAGCCAUUGCCUAUGAAAAUCACCUUGUUCUUGUAAACUUGAAAUGUUUGGGUGUAACAUUUAAAGUUACUGGCCUAAAAAUCAGUACAUUUUUCACUUUUCACAUUGGAGGAACAUAGACUACAUGUAAACAUGUAUUUUGAAUGUUUGUGUAGCAUAAUCGUAGUAGCAUUUAUUAGGAUAGCUUUGUAUUAUCAGAAACUAGAGUGACUAGCGUCAGAAUCAGAAUCUCAUUUUGUGCUAUUUCUGUGUUAAAAAAGGUCGGGUUAAACAUACAGAUCUCUUCCAGAAUGGGUCAGAAAAAUCUGAGGACUAACUUUCUGCUGUUACAUGAAGUCUUGAGCACAUAUUCUAGUUAGUAGCUGGGCAUUGAUGAUUUCUCUGAAUAUUUUUCUGAAUGUCAUAGAUGAUUUUUCUUAAUUUUUAGUUUGUUCAAAGGCAUAUUAGACACCAAAUUAUCAGAGUUGAUUGAUAAGUGCUUGAAUUGAACAUAUUUUCAGGAAUGGUGUUGGUGUGCCUUUUAAGUCACAGAAGUCUAUGUAAUUCAUCUCCAGGCACAGUCUACUGUGUAUAGACACUGUUUAAAAGUUACUGAGUGCUCUAAAGGCUUAAGGACACCGAUCUGACUAACACAAACAACCACAAAUGACAAAAACAUUUCCACUCAUGUUUGUUUUAUGGGGAAAUUUAGAUUGUCCUCUCUCCAUUCACUUUGGUUGGUUUGGCUCAUCAGUUCUGCUUUGUCAACCUAAGGAUAACUACAAACUUCAGAAUGUAGGUGGAAUGUUUGGUCGGUGUGUUCUAGCCUUAAGAGAAAGGGCUUCAACUAUGCACUUUUGGUUACUGCAAAUAAAGAAAACAGAUACAUCUAUACUGUA